UACACACUGCAGGAGCAGACCUUCCUGUACUGGGAGAGUAACUGGACGUAGAGGUCUGAGGUGACUACCCUGCGUCUCUUAUCCAUAUUUUUUGUUAAACUGCACUGUCGGUUAGGGGCCCGUAAGUAAGUAUUUCACUGUAAGGUCUACACUUGUUGUACUCGGCGCAUGAGACUAAUACAAUUUGAUUUGAUUUGAUUUAACUGGAGUAAACAGGGUGUACAGCGUCUAAAGAGACUUGAACUAGCUGGGAGCCACAAGUCAUCAUGGUUAUCCUGCUGGUCCUCACACUGAAGGUUGUCCUCCUCUUAGCUGCUAUGUGGAGUGUGUGUUCAGCAGAGUUGAUCACAGUGGAAGGAUAUGAGGGGGGCAAGGCAGAGAUCAGAUGCCCCUACAAAGAGGAGUGGAGGAGCCACCAGAAGUACCUCUGUAAAGGGGAUUGUCCUGUUUUUAAUAAAGACAAAGUUAUUAAGACUGAGGCAGGGGUAAACAGUGCUUCUAACGGGAGAUACUCGAUGAAGGACAACAGAGAGGAAAGUGUCUUCAUUGUGACCAUCACCAACCUGACGUUAAAUGAUGCUGGGAGAUACUGGUGUGGAGUGGACACAUGGGGACAAGAUAACUACAUUAAAGUGAACCUUGAAGUCUCUGAAGCAGCACCAACAAUCACCACCAAAACAGAACCUACUACAACCGCAUCAAACCCUGGUUCACCAACUUCAUCAUCCUUAGCCAUCUCACCACCAUCAUCCAUCUCAUCAACACACAAUGGAUCUGGAGCAUCAGUGAUCAUCAUAGUAUCUAUGAGUCUGGUUACAUUGCUGCUUGUAGUCGGUCUGCUUAUAGUCUACAGAUGGAAAUGCAACAAGGAAACAGCUGUCUCCUCUGCAUCGACGGUGAACACUGGGAUCAACAGAGAGGGUUGUGAUGGUGACUAUGAGGAAAUAAAUGACCAACCCCUACAUUCCAACAUCUACGCCAACUUACCCACGUGCCCCUCUGAAUCUCAACUUCCACAAAGACCCCAGCUGCCCCAAUGAAACCAGUGCUGUCAUUUAAGAGGGCACUUCUUCUGGUGAUGCCACUGUCAACGUUGGUCUCAACCCUGCCUACUCCUCCCAUCUACUCCACAGUCAGCAAACCCAGACACACCUGAGUCACUGUCAACCAAUCAGAAGGGACAUACACACACUGGCAACCAAUCACAGUGACCUGUUAUUAACUAUGUGUGCCACCUCUUGAGCGUUGAGAUUUAAUUUGAGCAAACAUCUGCAUAAUCUGCUUCAUGUCCUCAAUCCGAUGUGCUACUUUGACUUGGGUCUCAUGUCUCAUGUCUGAAAAAGUAGAUAGCUGGCAAGUUUCCUAGAUAGCUACAGUAGUUACCUAACCAAACAGACUUGCUACAGUAGAUUAGCUAAGCAAACCAUCAGUCCUAGCUUGCUAUUAAUGAAAAUCAAUAUUGCCAAUUAUGUUUUCAAUUUUACUUUUGCUUUCCAAAGCAGGUUAGACCCCUGGUAGUGUCAAAUAGGUAGUCUCCAACCAUGGUCGCCAUUUGCCCCCCCACCAUGUGCUCACUAUGCCCACCAUCAUUUAAUAGUUAUUGACUUGAUACCGGUACCCCCUGUAUAUAGCCUCGUUAUUUUUUUUAUUUUACCAUUUUUACUUUAGUUUAUUUAAUAUUUUUAACUUUUCUUGAACUGCGUUGUUGGUUAAAGGCUUUAAAGUAAGCAUUUCAUGGUAAGGUCUACUACACCUGUUGUAUUCAGAGCAUGUGACAAAUACAAGUUGAUUUGAACUGUAAAUGAGAGGAUCAUGUUAUGUAGAAUUAAAACAUGUUACAUUCUGA